AUGACAAGUGAUCAACAAGUUCAAUCAAUCGAAAAUAUUCAAAUUAAUGGUGGUAGAGAUAAUCAUUCAAAUAAAACUAAUGAUGAAAUAAUAACAACUUCAUCUGAUACGACAUCACGUCAUUCACGUUUUUUCCGUACAAAACGAAAACAACGUUUAGAUGAAAAUCAAACGAAUAUUAACGGAAAUGCCAAAAUAGAAAUUUCAACAUGCAAUUUAACAAAAACUAUUGAAAAAGUCAAAACAAGAUCUUUAUCACCACCAGCUCCUUCGUCACUAGUUGCUGAUGAAUCAGAUGAAAGUGAUGAAAAUAAUUCUUCAAUAGAACUUAAAAAUAUACCAAAAAUCGUUAUUACUGAAGCAAGACAAUCUGUAACAACUGUUAAUAUGGGUUAUCAACUAAAGAAAUCUCAUUCAGUUAAACUAACACGUCUUAAUGAAAAUGAUUCAUGUCCAAAAAAAGCUGUUCGUUUUGCUGAUGAUUUUGGUUUAGAUUUAAGUGAAAUUAAAAUGAUUCGAACAGAUGAAUUACCUUCUGUACCUAGUACUGCAUUUAAACAUUUAUGUAUUAGUAAUGAUGAAAAUAAAGUUCCAACAAUGAAUCCUCAACGUGAAAAAUUAAUUAAUUAUAUGGAACAACAAUUUGAAAAUCCUAUACAUACUCCAAAUUUUAAUGAUCGUGUAUCCCGAACAAAAGUUCUUCUUGAACAAGCUAAUGCUAUUGACAAUAGAAUUUAUGGAACAGUUAAAUUAGUUUCAUUUAGUUUACAUAAACAUGUUAAAAUACGUUUAACAACUGACAAUUGGACAUCAUUUAGCGAUUAUGAUGCAGAAUAUAUGACUAAUUCAUAUGAUGGUAUUUUUGAUCGAUUUUCAUUUAUGAUUGAAAUUGAUCGUAAUAGAAUAUGUGCUGGAAAUAAUAUACAAUUUAGUAUUUGCUACGAAUCAUAUGUUAGUCCAGAAUAUUGGGAUAAUAAUUAUGAUCAAAAUUAUCGAUUUGAUUGUUUUUCCCGGGCAAUACCUGAUUAUAGUAUUUAG